ACUUCCCCAGAUACCUCUCCAGAUGUUAGUUCAGAGGAAGAUAAACCAGUUCCAGGCACGUCAAGAGGGGAAUUGGUCAAUGGCUUCAAGAAGUCAUCUGAGAGUGAUUUGUCUGAAGCACAGCUGCAGCAGGACAGCCCAGAGGCUUCAGGUGGGUAAAGCAUGCACUACAGCCAGUCAAUUAUGAGGAGCUACCUUCUGCACCUGAUCCGAGAACACGCAGGGCAGGGAAAAUGCAGGAGCAGUGAUGGUCAGCCUGAUUACUUGUGAGGAGGCGGCCUCCUCACUCUUGAUGGGCUGCACCGGAAGCUGGCUAUUUAGCACAGCAGCCAGAGAUGAUGCUGUGAGCAAUAUGUUUGUUUUCUUGCUGUAUGUUUGUGCCUUGAACUUUGGAUUGUGUCUCUUCAACUGUUUUCCUUGCCUUGUUUUUGCCUGUGAACUGGCCUUUGUUUUGGAAUUUGCCUUUGCCUUGAGGAAUAGUGUUGGUUUCAUUUGUGUAGCCUGUGGAACUCAUUGGGGUUGAAUUGAUACCAGCACAGGGAAUUGCUGGAGAAUAACAGUUCAGGCUUGGAAACCUUAAUAAAUACUCCUUAUACAUGUGGUGUGUGUGUGAGUCAGUGCGACAGCACAGCUAUCUGGUUAAACAAUGUGAAAAUACUUUGAAUAAUUAUUCAACAGUGUUUUAUCGUUAUAUUACAAUGUUGAUCACAAAUAUUUGAUUCUUUUGUUAAAAUAUAUUCAAUUUUUAUGCUAAAAUAAUAAAUUACCAGUAUAAUCAAAAUAAAACCAAAAAUAAAUUUAAAUUAGAUAAAAGUUCAUAAAAAGUGGUAUAGAGGAUGCCCAAAGUUAAUAAAAAUAGUCUUAACGCUUAUAGCAAUGGCUUAUAGCAAUAAUUCAGAAGGAGCAUGUGUACCGUCCCUGGCUUGAGUUUCAAAUUUUGCUUCCUUUAAAUCCCUUCCAGAAAUGCAGAGAGUACAUACUGCAUUAAGAAUACAGAACACCCUAUAAAGGUAAUACAAACUGGGAUAUUUUAUAGCAAGCUCUUUAAAAAGAGAGAGAGAGAGAGAGCUUCAUUAAUGGAGUUAACACAGGUGGUAUAGAAAAAAUUCGAAGCAGAGAUCAGCAAAAAAAGCAGUAUGUUGAAAAAUUUUUUCCUUAAGAUUGGUAAUGAUGAACUAUAUUCAUUCCUUCAGUUUCAAAUAAGAUAAAGCGAGAGAAACAGUAACUGCGCUGAUGCUUUGAGCAUAAAUUAUGACCGUCUCUUUUCGAAAGCUUAAACAGGGUGAGAAAUUGGAUGAACUUCUCUUUGGAAUACCGAGUACUAUAAGUUUCUUGUUUUACUUCGUGGGUUCCCUCUAUUAUCACUCGAAUCUUCUUUUUAUUCCCCUCUGCGCUGUGGCACGAGCCGAGCAACUGUGAAGAGCUAAGAGGAACCGUUUUGGAAACCAGAACCAACUUCCUCCUUCUCCCCUCGGACCGCCGCCUUCGCCUCCUUUGGCUCUAUCAGAUGUCAAUUCAGGGAAAUUCAUAGUCUGCCCAAUUUAAGCGUAGAACUGUAGGAAGAACAUAAGCAGCAGGAACAGAAUCGCGAAACCCCAUAUUCUGAACGGCAGAGUUGAGAACAGCUGAAGAUGGCUGGCAACAGAAGAAUGAUGAUUAUUCACACCACUCCUCUCAAUGAAAUGGGUUUCCUUGCAUUUUAGAGCUGCAAACAGACACGCGCGUCAGCUUGAGGCGAAAGUGAUCAGCUGACUGGAGUCAUGCGGUCGGUGGGCCUGGCUGCGUCUGCUGCCGGAGUAUUGUCUUCUCUUUCUUUGACUUGCUGUUUUAACAUGCUUGUUCUGGUUUUGCUUCACUUCCUAGCCGCAGGAUUUGGAUCCCCGGUUACAUCCCAGAGAAGCUUUGAGAUUGAUUAUGCUCGCAACUGUUUCCUUAAGGAUGGGAAACCAUUCCGCUACAUCUCAGGCAGCAUACAUUAUGCCCGGAUUCCACGGUUCUACUGGAAGGACCGUCUCUUGAAGAUGAAAAUGGCAGGUCUUGAUGCUAUUCAAACGUAUGUUCCGUGGAACUUUCAUGAACCCGAACCAGGAGUUUACAACUUCAGAGAUGACAGAGAUCUGGAGUUUUUCCUAAAACUUGCUGAUGAGAUUGGCUUAUUGGUCAUAUUGAGAGCUGGGCCUUACAUAUGUGCAGAAUGGGACAUGGGUGGUCUACCUGCCUGGUUAUUACAAAAAAAAACAAUUGUUCUUAGAUCUUCUGAUUCAGAUUAUUUAGCAGCUGUAGGAAGAUGGAUGGGCAUCUUAUUACCAAAGAUAAAGCCUCACCUUUAUCAGAAUGGGGGCCCCAUUAUUAUGGUGCAGGUUGAAAAUGAAUAUGGAAGUUAUUUUGCAUGUGAUUUUCAUUACCUCCGUUACCUGAAGAAUCUUUUUCGCCAGUACCUUGGGAAUGAAGUAAUCUUGUUUACAACAGAUGGUGCAACAAAAAUUUUUUUGCGCUGUGGAACUCUUCAAGGCCUUUAUUCAACCGUGGAUUUUGGACCACAUACCAAUGUCACUGCAGCAUUUUUAUCUCAGAGACGAACUGAGCCUGAAGGCCCCUUGGUCAAUUCUGAAUUCUAUACUGGUUGGUUAGAUCACUGGGGCCACAUCCAUAAUGUUAUACCAUCAUCAGCCAUAGCUAAAACUCUUAGUGAAAUCUUGGCACAUGGAGCUAACGUUAACCUAUAUAUGUUUAUAGGAGGGACUAAUUUUGGCUACUGGAAUGGAGCUAAUAUACCAUACAUGGCACAACCUACUAGCUAUGAUUACAAUGCCCCAUUGAGUGAAGCAGGGGAUCUUACAGAGAAGUAUUUUGCUGUCAGAGAAGUCAUUGGUAUGUUCAAGGAUUUGCCAAAGGGUCUUAUACCUCCAACAACUCCUAAGUUUGCAUAUGGAGAAGUUAAAUUGACGAAGAUUGGAACAGUGACUGAACUUCUGAAUGAUUUUUCCCCAUCUGGACCAAUUAAAAGCAUGUAUCCUUUGACGUUUGUUCAAUUAAAGCAGUAUUUUGGAUACGUAUUAUACAGAACAAAGUUACCAAGAAACUGUAGUAAGGAAAUUCUCUUUUCAUUUGAUGGCAUUCGUGAUCGAGGCUAUGUCUCUGUGGAUGGGAUUCCCCAAGGGAUUCUUGAAAGAAGGAAAUCCUUGACAUUGAACAUAACUGGGAAUGCAGGUGCCACUCUGGAUUUGUUGAUAGAAAAUAUGGGUCGAGUCAAUUAUGGACGAUACAACAAUGACUUCAAGGGUCUGAUUGCGAAUUUAACUCUUGCUAAAGAUAUCCUCCUUGACUGGGAGAUAUAUCCUCUGGACAUUGACAGAGCAGUACAAGAGGGCUUGAGUCAUAAGAUAUCUGGAAGGAAUAUAUCAACAUAUGAAGGGCCUAAUGUUUAUACUGGCAAUUUUUCCAUUCCUAGUGAAAUUCCAGAUUUGCCUCAGGACACCUAUCUCAAAUUUCCAGGUUGGACAAAGGGACAAGUCUGGAUUAAUGGCUUUAAUUUAGGACGCUAUUGGCCAUCCCUUGGCCCUCAAUUAACAUUGUUCGUGCCUAGAAAUAUCCUUGUUUCAUCUUCUCCAAAUAAUAUUACCAUUCUAGAGCUAGAGAGGUCUCCUUGUGGCAUCCAGAAUUGUUUGGUGGAAUUUGUGGACAAGCCCAUCCUCAAUAAAACCCUUGACUAUGAAGGCAAUUUUGAGAAGCUGUUCUCUAAGGAUUUAUGACUGAAUCCUAUGUAAUUCUACUUGAUUUACUGAUUGUUGAGCCCAUCAAAACAUUCUGAUUCAAAUUUUUGGUUAGUAAUGAGAAGUGUUACAAUUCUAAGAGGUUUUUAACUCCAUGAAAAUGAAGACAUAUCUUCUGUGAUUGACAUUGAUGAAGACUCCAUUCUAUUUAAUUGAUUUUUUCCCAUAUUAAAUCAAAAUGAUAAUUUCUUAAAAUUGUCUGGGUGUUACCUUAACACUCAAAUUUAACUGGAUAUUCUUAAAUGUACUACACUGUGUUUUCCUUGGACAAUUGUAGCUUUUCAGAAUAAAUAUGUUUGGUUUUGGAAUAUGUUAGUGCUUUAAUAUGUCCAUGUGCUAAAAUUUAUGAAAUUAUUAAUACUAAAUGCAUCAUGGUUCCCCUUCAUCAUAAAAGUCUGAAAAUAAAUGCAUAACCAAGGUUAGCAUAAAAUCCUUAAUUACAAAAAUUGUUGGUGAACACUUUAUUUUUAUUAUACUUUUAAAGUAUACUUAAGUUUGAUGGUAUCACAGAAGGUGAAAUUACCUAGCUAAUCAUCAUCACAAGACUAGCCAUUCUGGAAAAUUCUCCCAAUAGUUUACAUGCUCAGGAUGAUCUACACAGCAGAUUUUUGGAAUUGCCAGAAGCAGAAGUGUUUCUUGAUGUUCCAGACAUGGCUACAUCCCUGAAAUUAGCUGUGGCAAUAUUAUCUUUAUAUAUGGAUGGGUUAGUCACCAGGAAUCAAGCUUGCCUUGAGAAAAGUCUACUAUAUAUGCUGUAUAUCUUCUGCCCCCAAUACUACGGUAUGUCCAAAAGUAACUUUGUUAAGGAAGCUGUUCUAUCCUUAUAUGAAUGUUAGUUAUUUGUCAAUGAAAUGUGGGAAUGGUUUAAUUUACAGAAAAGCUGAUUUUACAUACCCAGCUAUAUUAUUUGAUUGUUCCAGUAUUCUUUGAUUCCCAUACUGUUUUUCACAGUAGCCUCAAAUGAUUUUGUUUUAAAAGUGAACAGGAUUUGUAGCAUUCCAUUAAAUGGUAACUAUUCCCUCUGUGUCAUCUCUCAAUAUUCCCACCAUUAAAAUAAAUAAAACAGUUACUUGCAAAAAAAAAAAUAA